UCCGCCAGCCCAGUCCAGCCGGGGUCUCCUCGCUGUUCCCGGCCCUCUGCCCGCCCCCGUCACACCGCCAGGGAUUAGGCGUAUUUUCCUGUCCUCACACUCUGUGGGAAAGCCCCACCUGUCCCUGUGGAUGGGCGCUGCUCGCUGAAACAGUGAGGCCUCGAUCUCCCUGUAUUUCCAGCUUGUGAAGUGGAACCAGACCACUAACUAUGUUCUUUCUUGAACUAAAUUAAAGAAGCAAGAACUUGCUGAGAGAGGCAGAGUAGUUUUCUCCAUCUUUGGCUGAGGUUCCCACCCCAGACACUUCAGCUCUGACAAGCUUUCCAGUGCCAUGGAGAUUGAAGGAGACAGACACUGGUGCAGGACCUGAUUUGUGUUUUGUCAUCCAGAUUUGGCAGCAACCAGCUGGCUUGCAGAGGAAGAGAUGCUGUGGUGCUUGGCUGCAGUGGGGAUUCCUCCAAGGAUCCAACAAGAGUAGAGAAGACAGCAAAUUACCUAAGAUGUGAGAAGUUCUCCUGUAGUGAAAUAAAAUCUUGUUUUCAAAAUGGACCGAAGUAAGCGGAACUCAAUAGCAGGAUUUCCACCACGCCUGGAGCGCCCUGAAGACUUUGAUGGUGGCACUGGAGAAGGGACUGCAUCCCAGAUAGGAAGAGUUUGUACCUCUUCAUACAGAGCCCUGAUAAGUGCCUUUUCCAGACUUACUCGUCUUGAUGACUUCACAUGUGAGAAAAUUGGCUCUGGUUUCUUCUCAGAGGUGUUCAAGGUAAGGCACAGAACUUCAGACCAGGUAAUGGCUUUGAAGAUGAACACAUUGAACAGCAACAGAGCAAACAUGCUGAAAGAGGUUCAACUUAUGAAUAGACUCUCACAUCCGAACAUCUUAAGGUUUAUGGGUGUCUGUGUGCAUAAAGGACAGCUGCACGCUCUUACUGAGUACAUCAAUUGUGGUAACCUGGAACAGCUACUAGAUGGCAACCAGCAUCUGCCCUGGACAGUGAGGGUGAAACUGGCAUAUGACAUUGCCAUGGGAAUCAGUUAUCUUCACUAUAAAGGCAUUUUCCACCGAGACCUUACAUCCAAGAACUGCUUAAUCAAACAUGAUGAGAAUGGAUAUUCAGCAAUAGUUGGAGACUUUGGUUUAGCAGAGAAAAUUCCUGAUCACAGUGAGAAGUUACCAGUUGUGGGUUCACCCUUCUGGAUGGCACCAGAAGUUCUCAGAGAUGAGCCUUACAAUGAAAAGGCAGAUGUGUUCUCCUAUGGUAUAAUUCUGUGUGAGAUUAUAGCGAGAAUACAGGCAGACCCAGACUAUCUCCCUCGAACAGAGAAUUUUGGAUUAGAUUAUGAUUCCUUCCAGCACAUGGUGGGAGACUGUCCUCCUGACUUUCUCCAGCUAGCCUUCAACUGCUGUAACAUGGAUCCAAAGUUGCGUCCUUCAUUUGCUGAUAUUGUCAAAACACUGGAGGAAAUGUUAAAUCGCCUCAGAAAUGAGGACUCAGAGAGAGACAGAAAGUUCUUGAACCUUGACAACAAUGAAAGAAAACCAAAAGGAUCAAUUGACAAAGGACCAGGAGUAAAACGUUUGAGUUCCUUGGAUGAUAAGAUCCCACCCAAGUCACCCCGUCCACGUCGGAAUAUCUGGUUGUCACGCAGCCAGUCGGAUAUCUUCUCCCGUAAACCUUCCAGGAAGAUAAACGUGCAGGACCCCUACUACACACCAAGCAAAGGGUUGGGCCGGAAAGUUAAUCCCUUCAGUGCCCGGGAGGACCUCAAGGGGGGAAAGAUAAAAUUCUUUGACAUGCCAAGCAAGUCUGUGAUUUCCCUUGUGUUUGACUUGCAUUCUCCAGAGGCAGGUGGAGGCCUGAAAGCCAGCCAGUCCCAGUUCCGGCAGGCAUAUAGUACAGACUGGCAAGACCUUUCCCUUCUUCCUGGGAGAAGAUGCAGAUCACUUCCACUCUCUCCUGAAUUACCACACAAGGAAUAUGGCCUGUUUGGGGGACUGUCUUCAACUGUUGGCAGGUGUGACCCAGCCCAGUUAGGUGCAGAGGUUCGGCAAAAACUCUUGAGUAGCACUAAAUAUGGUGUGUCAGAGAUUCCCCCCUUUCACGCCAAGCCUCACAGACCAGAGUUUCUUCUUGCAUCAGGACAAGAAGAGGAUAUGGACUGUUCAGAUGGGCUAGUGGCCCAGGAGGAAAAUGGGUUUUGCCCUGUUGAGAACACAUGUGGAGAUCCAGCACAUGAUCAACCAUUAGUGCUGGCCCAGUCUGGGCCACUAUCCUAUAAAAAGCUCCCCGUUGAGAAUUCAGUGAACUCUGAGGGACAUGGCUCCCCACAAGUGUUUGCAGGUUGUCUCCCUUCUGAAGAGAUGGAAGUAGAAGAUGAUCUAGUGAAGAUUACUCUGUUAGAGUCCACAAAGUUCAGUGUUAGUCCUCCCACUGAGCUGAAGAGAGAGGCAUGGCCCUUCAGGGAGCAGGAUGGGGACAGUCCUGCCCUGUUGUCUCAGACCUCCUCCAACAUCUCAGCAAGUGGCAGCACAAAGUCAACUUGUGACAUAUGAAGAGAGGGCUCAAACUAAAUGUGUCCUUGAGGGAACAGUUGUUCCCAGUUGCUUAAACUCUGUUUUUCUGCAGUGCUGGGCUUCACAUUUGAAAGACUCAAUGGAUGGUGGAAGCUGGCUGUUGGACACAUAACUGCAGAGUGUCUGAAGAAACUGAUUAUUUUAUAAAACUUUAUUUCAAAUUGUGCUUAUUCCCUUUCCUGAUUUGCAUUAGGAGGGGGAACUACUCCAGCCAGAAUGGCCAUGUGGGUCCCACAGUCCUUCCAAGAGGCAGCAGCCAGAGUAGGCACCACGUAAACCGUUUGACCUGGAUUUCCAGCAUGGGGCAUUUUAAGGUCUUAAGCUCCAAGUAGAAUAGAAAGAAUGACGCUUAGAUUUUUCCCUCUUCCUCUAACUGAAGAGCUGCUCUAAGCCACUGCAGAUUUUCAUUAACAUUCUGCAUCAGUGCACGUGAGGCAGAGCCUCUGUUUCAGAAACAGGCACAGAAGUCUUUCCAAGCUAUGUUGAGCAGAUAGGAAUGCUCUCUAGUUCCAGAGCUGCUUUGAAUGCUGUUGUAGCAUUAAACAAGCUCUUCUUUCUAAAGCAGCAAAAAACAAAACCCCUCAUGCUGGUCACAAUCUGCAGGCUGAGUCACAUGACGAGUACUUUGCAAUUAACAAGAGGAAUCUGUUCCCUGGUGUUUCAUUUUCCCUUGGGAUUUAGUAAUGAUGUUUAAUACAUUUGUGCAGGGAAGCUUGCUUCCUUGUACAGCUCUUUAUGUACCUCAGCGCAAAUGUGGAGGAAGAUUUGCCCAGGGCACAGAGAAGCAUAUUCCAGGCAUUGCUAUUUCUGAGCUUCUGAAGAAACUGCUCCUGAAAGUACCAGCUGUACUGAGCUUUUGGCAGAGGGUGAGCUCUUAUCUCUGAAGAGCUGAGUGGACAUCAUGAUCUGUUUCUGCAGAGUAGUUCAAUACAGCAGCUACAUCCCAGUUGACUAUUAUCACUAAGCUAGAAGGGUCACAUCACCCCCCUCUCUGGUACAACAUCCCAUCUCACUGAUUUUGCUGCAGUAAGGAUGGCUCCUCACUAGCCUGCUUGACAGAGGACAGUGAUAGCCUACUCAGGGGAAGUUGUCAGCAGUGUUGUAGCCCCACAAGUGCUCUUGGAGAGGACAACUCACAGGAGGGCUUUAAAUUGUCAAACAAGAAAAUUACCUAGUCCCAAAUUGACUUUUUGUUUCUCCUACAGAAAGAAGCUGCUGUCUUUAUUGGUUUCUCCUGUCACUGAAUAGGAUGCUUUUUUUAUUUAUUUUUUUAACUUCCCUCCACCAGCAGGUACCUGUGAAAGAAGCAGCAACAUGAGCUUUAAUGCUGCUUGCUGGAACCAGCAUCAGCGAUCCUGGCUCUGGGAUGCAAUAUAUGGGAAAGCUUGUUCUGUGACAUUUGUGCAACAUCCUGCCCUUUUCCAGUAUCAUCAUCCCAAAAAACAUGGGAUUUUAAAAAUUUUAUUUUAUGGGGUUUUUCUAACCUGUAUUAUCAUUCCUAAGUGACAAAUAUUGCACACCUGCUGAGCAGAUGGUGAUGCAGUGGAGUCCAGAAUUUCAUCCAGGUAGCUUGUUAACAUUCUUCCUGCUCUCUUGUAAGGCUGGAUACUGUAAGCUAGUCUCUGAUGAAAGCCAAACUAUUUGUACUCUUCUCCUAUCUCAAAGAAAGGAUGGAGAAAGCCUUCAUUCUUUCUUGGCUGGGAUGUAUAUCUUUCCUGAGGUGUAGGUAGCUAUUCUAUGAGUUACUUCCUCUAGUGAAGUGUUAACCUGAGCAGCAGUUCUCCCUUUGCAGAGGCUGCCAGGAAUGAAAUGAGAAACCCAGUGUUGACGAAUUAUUUAAUACAGUCCAUGCCAGAUUAGGCAGCUGUUGGCAGUUUGAAGGAGAACUUGUCUGUGCUCACUAAGAUCACCCUUUUCAGCCCACACCUCUCUCCCUGCCUGUUGAAGGUGCUGAUCUGUAGAGUAGUCUCUAUCUUCUGUAUCGUGUCUGCAGAGUGCAGAGCAGCUUGUAUGGCUGCCCCUGUGUGUGUAACUUCCUUUGAGGACAGAGAAACACCAGAACUCAGUUGCCUG